AUGGCGAGCGCUCAGCUAUGUACAGGUUUAACCGCCCAGUUAAGACGAAAACAACAGCGGGAUAAUGGCACAGUUAUUGGUUUUCUUUGCCACGUCAAAAUGCAGUCCACAUGUGAUCAAAUGGUUUUCAACAGACAUCUCAAACUGAGCGUUACUGUACUAACAGGGCAGGGACACCCGCUCGAAAAACAUAAGAUAUCAAAAAAAAAAAAAGGGAUUCCAGUUGAGCCUCGGCGUCUGACCCCAACUCCCCCUCAAAAACACAAAGAAGACACCACUUUGAGAAAGCGUUCGAACAUGAACCAGAAACAGAAGAACAGGUUUUCACGUCUGUGCGGUCGCCGCAUCGACACUCCGACCGGGGGGACUUUUAGCACAACCUGCCGCGACGACGACAAAUCUGAUAUUCGCCGUCAUCUCGCAGGUCGGCUUCAUGAAACAUCCCCUGAACUUAAGAGUGUCGGUGCCGCCCAAACUGGAGAUGUGAAAGGAUCAGAUAUGUGCUUCGAAUGUUUCAUUGUGCUCCAUCUUUGA